CCGUCCUCCUCUCGACGACGGCCACCAUCUGAACACCUUCGCCUUCGCGCUCACCACCGCGCUGUGCUGCGGGCCAGUGCAUCUCCAGGAUUGUUACCAAGGAACAAAGGAAAAGAACAGAGGAAAAGAACAGAAGGAGAAGAAAGAAAGGAGAAGAAAGGAAGGAGAAGAAAGGCCCCCCACCACCACCUGUGCUCGGCUACAGUUAGCCGCAGCAGCCCUUCGACAGCCCUUGCGCGCUGUUGACAACACACACACUUUUCUUUCUUUGCCCAGUGCUUGCUGUUCCUUGCACCUCGCUCUCGUGUCAUGGCGAAGGCAGUGUUGGUUGUGGAUGGCGGCCUUUAUACGCAACAGCUGUUGCGAGAUCCAGGCCACCCAACAGCACACCCCGCGUACUUGGUGCAGGCGGCGCUCGCGCUAUCCAUGCUGCACGGCAUCACCGUGUCGGAGAUUCACUACUUUGACGCGGUCAUCAACCCCAAGUACCACGACUUUCCAGGGAUGACGCGCAACGACGAAGCAAGACGCGCUUUUCACAAGGCCUUGCUUGAGCAGAUGCAAACAGAGGCGGGAAAGGACAUCCUCAUCAAGACGCACAUCCAGCACCUGAAGCCAAUGGCUAUUCGCUGCCCCGAAAAGACCUGCGUUCACUCCCAGCCUGGGAAGGAGGUGGUGCGACCUGUGCAAGCUGGGGUCGACGUGGACAUUGCCGCCUUCCUGUUAACCUCGCUGCCACCAGAUGUGACACACGUGUACUGCUUCAUCGGCGAUGGCGAUUUUGUACCGGUCAUUGAGGCGCUGCGUCGCCCCCAGUUUGGAAAGACGGUCAAGCUCGUGCUCUUCAGCGAAACCGCCCUCUCCAUUGGCCUUCGCUCCGUCAUGGCAAAGAGUGAUAUCAUCUUCCUGAGCAAACUGCAGAAUAACAGGCCGGAGCUGUUCAACAUCACGGGCUCCGAUGUGCCGCGAGCACAACCGCCACCACAGCCAUCGUCAUCACCGCCAGCAUCUUCAUCUAUAUCGCGGGAACUUGCACCAGCACUCGCACACGGGCUGCGGCUCUUGCCGACAGAGCGCGGGGCGCUGAGGGGUGAGGCUGGCGACGCGAAGGAUGAUGAGGCCGAUGAAGGGAAUGACGAUGAAGGGGCAGAGGAUGGGGUGUUGCUGGACACGCCCGACGCCGUGCUUGCACGCCUACCGCCCAUGCACAACCUCUCGCCCAGCGACAUUGUUGCGCUCUUCUCGCUCGGUCACUCUGGACCAGCCAUCUUGAAAGCUGUGCGGGCCAACCCGUCUGCGGACUUUAUGGCAGUGAUGGACGCAAUCGAUGUGUGAGAACGCUUAUUGUGUGUGUGUGUGUGCGUGCGCGUGUGCGCGCCGCACUUUCUUUGGAACAAACAGAAGACACCGCCUAUGCCCAUGAGCUGCGUGUCUCCUUCUACUUCUAGUCUAACUCCACGCUCGCUUCUACUGAGCGCUGGUGCUUUUUUUCUCUUGCUGAUUCUGUGUUGCUAUUUGUGUCGAACAAGCAUAUCUUUUUGUGGACAGCUUCGUGUGUGAGUGUGUUGUGUGUUGUUGUUGUUGUUGUCGUUUUUGUUGUUUGUCUCCAACGACUGGUAUUGGAGAUGAGUGAGUCACGCCAAUAACGUCCAGUUUGAGCGUUUGUGUGUGCUCAUCAUUGUAACUCAUCAACCGUCCUGCUCAUCAUAGCUUUGUGUGUGUGUGUGUGUGUGUGUGUGUGAGUGUGUGUUUGCGUGUUGACAAAAAAAGCCAACAAGGUAGUGUUCAUACGCUGUGUUCAUAAUUUUGUGGCUACCAUGUUCCAAAUACAACGUCGCGAUCGA